AUGUCUGGAAAAUAUUCUGUCGAAGAUCUCUUGAAGUUGCGAGCAUCACCGCUAAUAUGUAAACCUCCGAAUCUACCACCAAUAGAGGAAUGGAUGGGUGCACAAGAACUGAGUGGCAGGAGGCCUAUAGCUCGAGGAAUCAAAGAAGAACAGCUCGUCCAAAAUGAACCCUUUCAAAAAAGACCGACCAUAAUUGACGCCCAGCGUCGAACAGCUACCGAUCCCGACCGCAUAGUUCUCGGUCCUCCUCGCCGAUCGUUCGCUUCUAAUGCCCGCGUCGCCAGCAAGUCGCAAGAUCUAGGAGAUGAAUCCGGAAACAACAAAGACCGAUCAACAUUGAAUGAUAAAUCCAGAAAUGGGGACGAGUCCGAGUUCCGGCAUCAUGAGCGGAGACAUACUCAAACAAAUGGUCGUUACGGUAAUCGUCAAGAGACCGAAGAUCCAGAGACCGAAGGUCGUCGUGACUAUGACCGCAGGCCGAAAUGGGCAGGGAGAGACAGGAACGAUCAAGACCUAGACCACGAUCAGACUCAGGAAGAUUCGACACGAGGCUUCAGGAGGGACACACAGUCGAGGGCGAAGCUGUCGCAGUCAUGGUUUAAAAAGGACAGUGGAGAUGCCGAGGACGACAAGACACCUGACUGGCGUCGAGAUCGCGGUAGAGACCGUGACUGGGACAGGGAUCGCGGUGUCAAAGUGGAAGCGGAACCCGAAUGGAUGGACUCGACAGAACCAGAAGAACCGUUCCAAGCGCGUACACAAGAGGACUUCCAACGCUGGAAAGAACGUAUGAAAGCAGGCAGCGCAGCACCUCCUGAGAAAAUCGAUACAGCUCCUAUCAGUCCGCCAGCGGAGGAGAAACCAGCGAAGAGGGUCGUUUCCGCCGAGCCAGAUGACUCAAUGGACAAAUUCUUCGCCAGAUUCGAAUCCAAGGCGACUGAACAGAAGCCCGGACCAACAAAAUCACAUGGCAAAACACGUUUCGCAUCGCUUUUCAGUCCUGCAACGGAGCAAAACAAGCAGAUCGAAUUUCCCGCUCCCGCUCCCGCUCCCGCUCCCGCUCCUGCUCCUGCUCCUGCACAAACAUCCCUCGCCGAAAGACCUUCAUCUGCCCAGGCGACAGGCUCAGUGACGGAUGCUGACCAAGCUGGAUUCGCUCGUAUUCUCGAAAUGUUGCAGACACGAAGUAACAACCCCACUCCUCAAAACCAGGAGGGAGUAAAACCGAGGACACCACUAUAUGCAAGGGCAACCGAGCAGAAGGCCGAACCUGAAGCGAAGCCUCCCAUGCCCGAACUCUUCCAAUUAUUGGGCGGCCAGCUUGGAGCUCAAUCGCAACAACCUGAGCAAAUCCAACCAGCUGCAUCUCAGGAAAGAUAUACAGAGAGCAGAUCUCCGAGCGAACUAUCGCACACACGACAGCAGUCCAGCAUUACCAAAGAUGAAGUUCUUUUGACUUUACUACGUCAAGCCAGCCUGGCGCCAAAGCCCCAACCACCACCGCCUACUCCUGGAGGAGGAAUGUUUGGACUGCCACCAGAGCCCAGCAAUCGUGCCGCGCAGCCAAGAGGGCCGGUCAUUUCGCCAGUUCAGUCACAACAAGAUCCGAUAAUGAUACAGCGAAGAGAGCCAAGAGGGCCAAUAUUCGACGAGUCACCAGUUUCCAUGUAUCAAAACGAACCUCCACAGCGCGAACCACCACCCGGUAGGAGGCCCACCAACGGUACCCAGCCCAUGUAUACGGACGCUCCACUGAUGGCGCUUCUGCGUGGCCAAGCACCUCCGCAAAGACAAAUACAGCCUCCUCAACCACCUCAAGCACUUCCUCCUGGUCUUCAACGACCUCCUGGACUGGAUCAGAUGCAGCGACAGAACCCAAGCUGGCCUCCGCAGCAGCCUCAGCAGCCACAACAACCACCACAGCCUUCACGCCAGCCGUCACUCCCACCUGGCUUGUCCAACCUUCCUCGAGGGAUGUCAGGGGCACCGUAUGCUGGACAGCAAAUGCCGAAUCAAUCGACUCUACCGCAGCAGCCGCGCCCACAGCAGCCCCAGCCACAACGAAAAUACACGGCAGAAUCUUCUGGAAUGCCUCCGAACCUUCCUCCCGGUAUGUAUCCUCCUCCAGGCUUCAUGAAUGCUGGUCCUCCACCAGGCUUUCCAGGCGGAAUGGCAAAUCAUCCCGCGGCCAGGUUUGGGGGUGAUCCGGCAGCGCAACAACGAGCUUUCAUGGAAAUGUACGGCGAAGUUGGCGGUAGAGGGUUAGGACUAAGAGGUGGUGCGGGCGGUUCUGGAAUCCCGCCGUACCGGUGA